UUGUACCCUUAGAAUCUAUUUACUUUUGCCUACCUCUCACUCUUAUUCUCCUUCAUCAACACUGUCGCAAUUGUAUAUUCAUCGACAUCUCUAAUUCCUCAUUCAUCAUGUCGGCCACGCGAAACGGCCAUGCCAACGGCGGCUCAAAUGGCGACAUAGUUCCUACACCGAUUAGCAAGCGGUUCUCCGACAUUCCUAGCGCCAUCGAUAUUCCUGUUCAGGGCGACCAAGAAGAUGAAGCUGUCGAGAUCGACCUGGAGGAUCUAGUCGAUGAUCCCACCGAACUUUGCACAUUAUUUGAGAACGAGCGCGCGGCGCGAACGUAUUGGAUGACCGUUUCCCUCGCAUAUGCGAAGCAGAAGAAGAUCGAUCAUGCUAUCGAAAUGCUUAACCGAGGCGGUAACGCUAUGCAAGAUAAUAACCCUAAAGAGAAGCUUAGCAUCAUCACCUGCUUAUGCUGGAUGUAUCUUUGGAAAAGUCGCGAAGCACCACGUGUUGCACCUGAGGGCGCGCUCCUAUCCGAAGCUAAGACCAAAGACUACUACCUUCAAUUAGCCACUUCCUCCCUUAACGAUGCUUCGCGUAUAAACCCGGCAUUCCCGCCGCUCUUCCUAGCCCGUGGCGUGCUUCAGCUGUUGAAAGCCUCACUACAGGCACCCUCCAAGGCCCCCGGAGCUGGUCAUAUUGAGCAAGACAAGGCUGAUCUGCUGAAGAGCGCCCUAAAGGCCUUCGACCAGGCGAGUAAGGUGUCUCAGGGGAAGAACAUGUUGGCCCUGCUUGGGAGAGCGAGGGCAUUAUUUGGCCUCGGGAACUACAAGGAGUCGCUAGAGGCAUACCAGAACGUUCUGAGGAAAAUGCCUGACUUAGUGGACCCGGAUCCUCGAAUCGGAAUAGGAUGUUGCUUCUGGCAACUUAGGCACAAGGAAGAUGCCAAACAGGCCUGGGAGAGAUGUCUAGAGAUAAAUCCAGAAUCGAAAACGGCCAACAUUCUCUUGGGUCUAUACUAUCUCGACGCUAGCAGUCGAGUUCCUACGAACAGUCCCGAGUUUAUUCGACUUUAUAAGAAGGCUAUGACGGAGUAUACGCAAAAGUCGUUCAAGAUCGACAAAAACCAGCCCCUAACAUGCGCCACGUUCGCUAGCUAUUUCUUGUCUAGCAAAAACCUUGCUCACGUCGAUUCGCUGGCCAACAAAGCCAUUCAGUACACUGAUGUGAACGCAAUUGCAAGUGACGGCUGGUAUCUCCUUGCCCGAAAAGAGCAUUUCAGCGGCAACGUUGAAACCGCGGCAGAUUAUUACCGCCGUGCAGAUGAAGCCAGAGGUGGCCUCGAAAGGGGUUAUCUACCGGCAAAAUUCGGGGUCGCCCAACUUUCAGUCUUGAACAAUGACUUAGGAGAAGCCAAGCUCCGCCUGGAGAAGAUCAUCCAAUCGGCGAACAAGAAUGAACGAAACUACGAAGCUAUGAUCCUCUUGGGCACUCUGUACGCCGAGGAAGUAUUUGCUAAUCAAUAUGCUGCGGCUAAAGAAGAUAAGUCUGCGGAGAUGCGAAAAGCGAUAGAAUAUUUAGAGCAUGUUCGCACGGCGUGGAAAGAUCCCAAGAAGAAUUUAUCCCCAGAUUCAGCAAUUCUACUAAACCUUGCGCGCCUCUACGAGAGCGACCAUCCAGACAAGGCUCUCGAAUGCCUCUUACAGGUUGAACAGCUCGAAUUAGAUCAAAUUCCUGCUUCGGAGCAUCCAGCCGGUAUUGAAGAUGAGUCCGCUCUACGCAAUGCAUUACGCAAGAACCUCCCCCCGCAACUACUUAACAACAUCGGUUGUUUCUAUUCUCAGGCCGAGAAGCAUGAUCUGGCCAGCCAGAUGUUCGAGGCUGCUUUGAGCUCCUGUAUGCGAAUUGGGGAGAAGGGUGAAGACAUUGAUACAGAUGCCUUGGUUACUACCAUAAGUUUCAACUUAGGUAGAAGUUACGAGUCACAGGGCCUCACAGAUCAAGCCGUUGAAGUCUACGAGAAGCUAGUAGCUCGUCAUAAUGACUACAUAGAUGCUAAGGCUCGACUGGCUUAUAUUAAACUGCGCAAGAACCCUAAUAAGGAAGGUCCUGAUGCCGUCGCGCAACUACAACAAGACAAUUCCUCCGAUCUAGAAGUUCGUGCUUUGUACGGCUGGUACCUCGGUCGCGUGAGUUCUCGGAAGAAGUCGGGUAACGUCAAUGAGGACCCCGAGCUACGACAUUACAAGCAUACCCUUCAGUACCACGACAAACAUGAUCGUUACGCUUUAGUCGGUAUGGGUAAUCUGUACAUGAUGGCUGCUCGUGAGAUGCGUCGAGAAACUGAACAAGAGAAGCAAAAGCGAUCUGCUACCUACACCCGUGCUGUCGAGUUCUUCGACAAGGCACUGCAGUUAGAUCCAAAGAAUGCUCAUGCUGCUCAAGGUAUUGCUAUCGCACUCGUUGAGGACAAGAAAGACUAUAAAAACGCGCUCCCGAUUUUCCUGAAGGUUCGCGAGACCGUCAAAGAUCCAAAUGUUUAUAUCAACAUCGGACAUAUAUACGCAGAGUUGCGACAGUACUCGAAAGCGAUCGAGAGCUACGAGACGGCGCUCUCAAAGGAGGGCAAGACGAACGAUCCAGGUAUCUUAGCGUGCCUCGGUCGGGCGUGGUUGAAUAGGGGUAGACAUGAGCGAAGUCUUGAUGCGUACAAGUCCGCUCUGCAAUACGCGAAGAAGGCUCUCGAAGUCUCACCGGAUCAAGUCCACUUCAAGUUCAACGUAGCAUUUGUCCAAAUUCAGCAAGUCCAGCACAUUAUGAAUGUGCCUGAGACGCAACGUACGCUCGCUGAACUGGAGGAAGCUUCCGAAGGUCUUGAAGCAGCUAUUGUCGCCCUUGACGAGAUUGCUACUCAUCCACAACCUCCGUAUCCUAAGGCUGAUCUCGAGCAGCGAGCAAACAUGGCUCGCAACACACAGCGCAAACAGCUUGGUCGUCAAAUCGAGGGCCAGAAGGAAUACGAAGAGAAGAACAAGGAGAAACUCGCCGCGGCUCUAGAACAGCGACAGGCUGAGCUGAGGCGGCGAGAAGAGGAACGACAGAAGGCGCUCGCGCUAGAGGAAGAACGACGAGAGAAAAUCCGCAAGGAACGUGAGGAAAUCAUAGCCCGCGAUAGAGCGUUAGCCGAGCAGCGAGCGGAGGAAGAAAUGGCCGCCCAGCAAGCCGAAAUGACUACAGAUAGCGAAACAGGUCAGAAAGUCAAGAGAAAGCGGAAGACUAGGCCCAAGUCGAGCGGCGAGGUUAAGUCAAAGGGUCGCUCGCGGAAGAAGAAGGUUGAUAGCGACGGGGAGGAUAACGAGUCAGAGGAAGAACGCCAACCAAAGAAGAAGCGCAAGCUUGCGUCCAAGAAAGAGUCCAACAAGUACAAGUCGGCAGAAAUCGUGGUUGAUAGUUCGGAUGAUGAGGAGGAGGCCCUCGAGCGUGCCGAGCGAGCCCUUGAGAGACACACUUCAGCUCCCUCGGACGCCGAUGACGCGUCGAGAGUUGGUGGCGACGAGGAUCGGAUGGAGGUAGAUAACACGGCUGGACAAAACGAUGAUGAAGAGGAAGAAGAGGAAGAGGCAACUAGCCGUGCACCGGCCAAGCGCGCUCGGCGUGGUAGGGUCCUUGACGAUAGUGACGAAGACGAGGAUGAAGGUGAAGGUGGUGGUGCUGCGGAUGCUGUGGCUAACGGAGACUCGGAUGCUGAACCAGCGACAGGCGCCGCAGAUACCAGCAUGGCAGACGUUGCGGAUGAGGAUGAAGAAGAUUAAGGCAGUCUGUUUGUAUACUAUAAAAGGGGCAUAUUGUUACUGCAGGGUUUUCCAGUAGACCUUGGCCGUUUAGGCACUUGAGAUACUUCCUAUGAUAUAGGAUGAUAAUGAAAUAUACCUAAAUACCUACCAACAGGCCGCUUAUAGAUUAUGACGUCAAAAAUGAAGUACUGUUGCAA